GGCCCGGAGCUGCUCGCUAGGGGCUAGGGGCUAGAGCGCAUUCCGGUGGCGAGCGCUCGAAUCAGUUAAACGCGAAUCGUGCAAUAAACCGGCCAUCAUCAGGAAUCGAGGACUCGAGGGCUCCAUAUAGUGUGUGCCGGGUGUGUGUGUGUGUGUGUGUUCAUGUCUAGUUUAACCAUCCAACGUCUGUGCUGUGUCGAUGCGGUCCGGGUGAACGAUUGUUUCGGGCACUAAACACGUGCGGUGGUGGUAGAGAGGGUGGAUGCGUUAUGCGUUAUGGUGCAUGGUGUGGCCGCAGUUAGGCAGGAAAGCAUGACCAAACAGCAGGCAGCAAUCAAUCUUCUCAACAUGGUCGCCAACGGACGAAAGACACGCUCCCCGUCCAAUAAGGAACCUCAACAGCAGCAGCAACAGCAGCAGCAGCAGUUGAUGAAACUGCAGCGGGUACGAUCGCCCGGGAGUACCGGCAGCACCCGCUUCUACCAAUCAACCCUGCGCAGCUACAGCCACUGGUCACCGGCCGAGCAGGGGGCCACGCUGGUGUGGCGCGAUCUCUGCGUUUACGCGACGGCGGUCACGGCAUCCAAAUCGCACCAGCAGCAGCAGCACGGUUCCGGCAGGGCACCGAUCAAACGCAUCAUCAAUAACGUGAGCGGCGCGGUGACGCCCGGUUCGCUGAUCGCCCUGAUGGGCUCGAGCGGUGCGGGCAAGAGUACGCUGAUGGCGGCGCUAGCCUACCGCACGCCACCGGGCACGGUGGUGCAGGGGGAGAUACUGAUCAAUGGGAACCCAAUCGGCCCGUACAUGUACCGGUUGAGUGGUUUCGUGCACCAGGACGACCUGUUCGUCGGUACGCUCACCGUGUCCGAGCAUCUGCACUUCAUGGCGAAGCUGAAGCUCGGCCGGCGGACCGCCCCACCGUCCGACCAGGAGCUGGUGCGGGAGCUGCUCGAGCGCACCGGGCUGGGCCGGUGCGCCCGUACCCGGAUCGGCGAGGUGGGCGAGGGCAAGAUGUUGUCCGGGGGCGAGAAGAAGCGGCUCGCGUUCGCCACGGAGCUCCUGUCCGAGCCGGCACUCCUGUUCUGCGACGAGCCGACCACCGGGCUCGAUUCGUACAAUGCGCAGGCGCUGGUCGCAACGCUGCAGCAGCUGGCGCGGCGCGGCACCGCCAUCAUCUGCACCAUCCACCAACCGUCCAGCCAGCUGUUCUCGAUGUUCGACCAGGUGAUGCUGCUGGCGGACGGGCGCGUCGCAUUCGCCGGCAAACCGAACGAUGCGCUCCAGUUCUUCGCCAAGCACGGUUACGACUGCCCGCCGAACUACAACCCGGCCGAGUUCCUCAUCAGCACCCUCGCCAGCUCGCCCGGCCUGGAGAAGGCCUCCCAGCGCUCCACCCACCGGCUGUGCGAUCUGUAUGCGGUCAGCGAGGCGGCCGGCCAGCGGGACGUGCUGAUCAACCUCGAGCUGCAUAUGGCGGAGACGGGCGACUUUCGCCGAACCGACGAGCAGCACUUGGCCACGGCUACCGGUCCCUGGCCGUACGCGACCUUCUGGCUCACCUACCGCGCCCUGCUCACCGUCGUGCGCAACCCGACCGUGCAGUAUCUGCGCUUCUGCCAGAAGAUUGCAAUAGCCAUCAUGGCCGGGCUGUGCUUUGCCGGUGCAAUCGAACCAACCCAGCUGGGCGUACAGGCGAUCCAGGGUGCACUGUUCAUCCUCAUCUCGGAGAACACCUUCACGCCCAUGUACUCGGUGCUGUCCGUGUUCCCCGAGACGUUCCCGUUGUUUAUGCGCGAAACCAAGAACGGGCUGUACCGCCCCUCCCAGUACUACGUCGCGAACGUGAUCGCGAUGCUACCGGGCCUCAUCCUCGAGCCGGUUGCGUUCGUCCUGGUCGUGUACUGGCUCGCAGGCCUGCGGUCCACCUUCUACGCCUUCGCCAUGACAACCCUGGUGGCGACGCUCGUCAUGAACGUGUCGACCGCGUGCGGUUGCUUCUUUUCCGCCGCCUUCAACUCGAUGCCACUGGCGAUGGCCUACCUGGUGCCGUUCGACUACAUCCUCAUGAUCACGUCCGGUGUCUUUAUCCAUCUCGGCACGAUGCCGAUCGCGAUCCGCUGGCUGCCGUACCUGUCCUGGAUGAUGUACGCCAACGAGGCGAUGUCGAUCGUCCAGUGGGACGGUAUCAGCAACAUCACCUGCCCCAUCGGUGACGGGAAGCUACCCUGCCUUCGGUCCGGCCACGAAGUACUGGAGCACUACAGCUUCGAUGAGGCACACCUGGGGAUCAACCUGUUGGCCAUGCUGCUGCUCUACCUGUGCUUUCAUACCCUCGGUUACCUGUUUCUAUGGCGUAAAACCAAGCGCUAG